CGCCUGCAUUCUGCGACGAAGCAUGCCCGAGUCCUGGACACCGACAUUCGGGCUCAAGCGCGCCGGUGUCAGCGUGCGCAGGCGCCAGUCGAACGCGAUUCCCACACUAGAAACACCCUCCCACGACUGCUCUCUUCUCGAUUCAAAAAGCGUGUCGCCUGGUCGGAGGUACCUGCAGCAACAACCACCCAAGCGGUCGCCGAAGCGGCCGCCACCGUUCCUUCCCGGCAGCACUCUCGCACUUAGCGACUGCUUGCGUCCAUCGCAAUAUGAGCGAGUGCAUCUCGCCUACAGCGCCAGCAUGGUCCUCGCACCGUCGACGCUGCGGCCGUCGACGUCGGCUGUGCAUUUGACACCGUCGUCGUCGUCGUCGGCGCUCCGCCCCCAACCGCAACGCAUCCUCUCGCGCAAGACGCUCGAGCCCCCCGAUUUGCACCCGACACCGUCCGCGGUGCCGAUCGAGGCCAAGCGUCACUUGGCGUUUGGCGGCGGCUACCUCGUCGACAACCAGGUGUUGCCCAGCACGAGUCCGACCAAGCAACGACCGCCGUCGACUGUGCACAUGUACUUUAUCAGCCCAAUCCAAGACGAAUUGUAAUCGAGCUCAACACCGAGUACACACCCGAGACAAUGACAAGUCUUCC